GACUGGCUAAAACCUCACCGCGUCUCCGACCAUCGGGAUAUUAUUUGAUGGAUGUCGUGUCUCAUGCUUAGUUUCUUUUUAUUCUCAUCUCUUCCUCUUCUCCUCUCUCUCUGUGCCAUCUCUAGUGAAUCGUCACCUCGACACUGACGCCAGGAUAUCAUUGCCCCUCUAUUGUCUCCCCACAUCGCCGACGUCACUCACACCCCGCCCCAUCAUGGCCGACGCUCCCAUCUCCUUGCUCCCCCUCGGCGCAAUCAUUCAGUCCUUUGUCGUCAACGGCACCAAUAUUGUUCAGGGCUUCCCUACCUCCGACGACUACGUAAAGUACAACACGCCCUACUUUGGUGAGACCAUCGGCCGCUGGGCCAACCGCAUCAAGGGCGCCAAGAUCGACAGUCUCAAUGGCAAGGAAUACCCGCUCGUCGUCAACAAUGCCCCCAACCACCUCCACGGCGGCACUGUAGGCUGGGGCAAGCGUGUUUGGGACGGCCCCACGCCCGUUGGUAUUCGCGAGGUGCCCGGAAUUGAGGGCCUCCAGGGCGGAGAGAGCGUGGCAUUCAAGCUCCUUAGUGAGGAUGGCGAUGAGGGAUACCCUGGCACCGUCGAGGCCACCAUCAUUUACACCACCGGCACCCAGAAAGUCAACGGCAAGGAGGCCACUAUCCUCUCCAUGGAGUACGAGGCCAAGCUCGUGGGUGGUGCCGAUGAGACCAUCAUCAACCUGACGAACCACUCCUACUUCAACCUUAGUGGCGAGCCCACCAUCGAGGGCACCGUCGUGACCCUCCCUACAAACCAGAACCUCCUCUUCGACGACGGCAGCAUCCCCGUCGGCGGCAUCGAGCCUUACGCAGGAAUCGAGGGCAACGUUCCCUUCACUCUCGGCCCCCUGGAGCCCAACGUGGACAACUGCUUCAUCGUCAACACCGACCCGUCCUCGGUCGUCAUCGACACCCGCAACGAGCCCCUGAAGCUCAACCUUGCCGCCCACCACCCCAAGACCGGCAUUCACCUCGAGGUUCUCAGCACCGAGCCUGCCUUCCAGUUCUACACCGGCAAAUACAUCGACGUCCCCGCCAUCGAGGGCCAGGCUGCCCGCGGAUCCCGGAGCGGCUUCUGCUGCGAACCCGGCCGAUAUGUGAAUGCUUGCAACGUGCCCGAGUGGAAGAACAUGGUGGUCGUGAAGAAGGGUGAGUCGUUUGGCGCGAGGUUUGUCUACAAGGCGUGGGCGGAAUAAUUGCUGGACAUAUCUAUCCCACAUACUCAAACAUGUCAAAUCAAAAGCCUCAAAUCGUCACA